UGCUUUCUUUUUGAUUGGGAGAACUCUUGUCCUAUCAUAUUCUUUGACUUACUUUGACAGGUCUUACUCUCCGCAAUCACAAAAAAAAAUAAAAAGGUUAUUUCUGCAUAUAUAUUUUAAGGCACAAGUAUGAACACUUACAGCGAUCCCAGUACUGGUCAAAACCAACCUUUGCAGAAUACUGCUGCUCAAACAACCAACACACAAGAACCUUUGAAUGAUGCUCAUAAUUCGCCACUUUCUUAUUCAAGACCACAGCCAUCAACACAACCUCAACCACAACAGCCACAACAACACUUGAAUUAUUCUCAACAACACGUUGCUAUGCCUGCUGGUAUGAUGGCUCCACAGCCAGGACAAGUGGUUGUUCCCACUGCUCCUGUUGUUGUUGAAGAAGAGCCUUUAUAUGUGAAUGCAAAGCAAUACCAUCGUAUUCUCAAAAGACGUGCAGCUCGUUUAAAACUUGAAGAACUUCACAAGUUGGAAAGAACAAGAAAACCAUAUCUUCAUGAAAGUAGACAUAAGCAUGCUAUGCGUCGUCCAAGAGGUCCAGGCGGUCGAUUCUUAACUGCUGCUGAAAUUGCUGAACUACAAAAGGCAGGCAAAUUACCAACAUCAGAGAAAGAUUCAAAAGAAACACAACCUUUAUCACAACCUAAAGGUGAUUUUAUUAAUCUUCAAUCUCAAUAAUAAAAUUUAUAAUUUCCUGGAAAAUUUUUCAUUUGCAUCAAAACUGAUUAAUGGUUUGACAUGUCGACCAUGAAGCUCUUUUGUAUGAAAACUCUCAGGCGUAUCAUCCAACUGAAGAAGAGCUGUUUUACUAGUAGGCUUAGGACUAUUUAAACCAGUGGUAGGUAUAGAAGCAAUGGCUGCAUUGUUAGGCAGUGGCACAUCAUGAUGCCUUCUUGCAGUUGUCUUUCUUCGCAAAGAUGCAUGUCGACGAUGUUCACCUGUUUCUGUUGCACUCGAUGCUUCACGCACACUUUUUGACCUUGUCAUUCGACUAGGUUCUUUUUGGUCUAGUAAAGAACCUUUUGCAA